AUGAAUGUCUUAAACAAUUUUUUAAAUACGAAUAAAAACAAAGAUGAUAUUACUUCACUUUUUCAUGUUCAUAUACCAUUCAGUACAGGCUCGUAUAGACCCAUAUUUUCGGGUAAUUGUGAAGCUUUAGGAUAUUGGAAACCUAAAGUAUGGCCGCAUCAAACUCAAGAUCCUACUCUUUGGGUAUCUGAUCCUGUGCAAAUUCCACACUU